AUGACACCACCGCCGCCGUCGCCGCCGCUGCCGCCGCCGCCGCCGCCGCAGCAGGCCCGCGCGAAUGUCGCGCGUACCAGGACGGUCCCGAUGUUCGCCGCGCUUGCACCGCUUCUCAUAUUCGUCGGCUUCGACGGCGUCGCGCACGGCGUCGCGCGUACCGCGUUUCAUCAAGAUUCAACGAACACUGCCACAGGUCCGAUUUUCGUGGCGCCGGUUGGAAAUCAAACGGCCGCGAUCGGCCGUGAGGUCGUCUUUUCCUGCACCGUUCACAACAUAAGCAUUCGCAAGUACAAGGUCGGUUGGCUGCGCGCCUCGGACCAGACGAUUCUCUCGAUCCACACGAGGAUCGUGACGCAUAAUGCACGUAUCUCGGUCUCGUACGAGAGCGGCGGAAGUUCCGGGUCCGGCGGCGCGUCCGGAGGCAUCUUCGGAGUGACGGGAAGUAGCCAGGCCACGGAGGAAGUCGUCAACGGCACGUGGCGUCUGCAUAUACGCCAGCUGAAGGAGUCCGAUAGAGAUUGUUACAUGUGUCAGAUCAACACCAGCCCGAUGAUAUCCGAGCUCGGUUGUCUCGACAUACACGUGCCGCCCGACAUCGAUUACGGGGGUGAUACCAGCGCUGAUCUAGCAGUGGCGGAGGGCGAUAAUGCGACCCUGAUCUGUCGGGCGACGGGACGUCCGACACCGAGGGUAUCUUGGAAGAGGGAAGAUGGGGAACCCAUCGUCAUAAGGUCCUCCACGACCGGUGGUAGCACUUUCGAGAAGCACGACCACUACAACGGCUCGCUGCUGCAUUUCCACCGUGUCGAGAGGCGGCAAAUGGGGGCGUAUCUCUGCAUCGCCAGCAACGACGUGCCGCCAGCGGUUAGCAAGCGGGUGACGCUCGCAGUGAAUUUCGCACCCGUCGUAAAAGCACCCAACCAGCUAUUAGGCGCUCCUCUGGGUACGGAUGUGCAACUCGAGUGUUACGUCGAGGCAUUUCCAAACACGAUCAACUAUUGGGUGAAGAAUCAACGAGGCACGGAAGACGAAAUGUUACUAGAAGGACCGAAAUACAGCAUACGGGAGGAGCGCACGGGGUACACGGUCCUGAUGUGGCUUUUAAUCAAAAAAUUCACGGAGAAGGACGUCGGUAGUUACAAAUGCGUCUCAACGAAUAGUCUAGGAAAGGCGGACGGAACUUUGAGAUUAUACGAGAUUAAAAUCGGUAUCGACCGAGGGACACGUGUAAAGGAAACCGUAUCUAUCAUCGGCGGACUGGCCGAGGCCGCUCAAAGUUCCGGCGCCAGCAACGUACUCGGAGGUCUCUCCAAAAGCGGUAGCAGCUUGUCGCACUUUCUAUCAAUGUUUUUCUUCAUACCGAUAUUGUGGCCACGGUGAGAAGACGGCAUCCACUACUGGUCACCGCUAAGCUACUUAGUGCCGGAUGACUUUGUGCCAAAAAAAAAAAAAAAAAAAAACACACACACAAGAAUGUAGAGAAUAUGUGCGAGCGCGAGUGAUACUAAUAAUAUGGUAGAAGAGAUGUACGCAGCAAGAAACGCGCGCGAGAGAGAAAGAGUAUGUGUGUGUAUGUGUGUGUGAAAGAAAGAAAGAGAGGGAGAGAGAGUGAAAACCAGAUAAUAAAUAGGAGUCUUUGGUGCUCCAAAUUCUUCCUACUUUCCUUUCUUACUCCCAGAGUGUCGAAGACAUUUUUAGAACAAUGGAUGUUGUCAAUGUACGCGUCGCUUUAGAUUCGCGUUUCGCAGAUCGACGGACCAAAGCUUGAUUUGUAUCACCUUGUUCAGCUGCUAGUAGAAAACCCGGAGAAAACGAACCGAGCGUCCGACACCAUUUGUCUACACACACCGUUUGUAUACACACACACACACACACACUCACACACACACACUUGCGGGAAAGUUGUGGAAACAUUGCGCGAGAGAGAAAGAGAGAAACGAUGAAAUAUCUCUACCAUCUGAAUCAAAUAUAAAUCAAGCUUAAACUGUCGAUACGCUGACCGACGAAUACGAACCGAGGUGGCGAGGGGGGGGUUUGGCCCCAACGCGGAGAUGCUUAAUGAAUCGACGAUAAUAAUCAACGGUCAUUUUAUUAUUGAUUUUACGCGCUGCUGACUGACUUUGAACGUCGGAAAAAAAAAAACUUUGAUGUUUCGAAAUAAAAUUAAGAAUUGAACGUUGUA